AUCUCUUUGGUCAACGGAAGAGGAGGACGUUUCAGUCCACAGGUUCUCCGCCAUGGCUGUCAACAUACCUGGUAUCGUUGUCGUCGUAAUCUUCUACAUCCUCAUCCUCGCCAUCGGCAUCUACGCAGGAAGGAGAACCACCAAAUCAAAAAGCGCAGAUGAAAUCUUUUUAGCCAAUCGACAGAUGGGAUUCCUCGUAUCUUUGUUUUCUUUAACAGCAACCAACGUUGGAGGAGCUUAUGUAAACGGUACGGCUGAAAUAGUCUCCUCCAGCGGAGUUCUGUGGGCACAGGCGCCAAUUGGCUACUGCAUCGGUCUUUUUAUUGGCGGAUGGUUCUACGGUCCAAAGAUGCGACGAGCUGGAUACGUUACAAUGUACGAUCCCUUCCAGGAGAAAUAUGGGGCCAAGGCAGGGGCUCUCAUGUGUAUCCCUGAAUUCGUGGGGGACAUCUUCUGGACGGCAGCAAUUCUUUCGGCUCUAGGGUCAACUAUGUCAAUUAUCAUGGAUCUGGACAAGACCACGUCUAUUGUUGUAUCCGCCUGCAUUGCUGUCAUCUAUACAUUCCUGGGUGGUCUGCGUUCCGUUGCUUAUACCGAUGUUGUCCAGCUCGCCUUUAUUGGGAUAGGGCUGGUCAUUGCGUUUCCGUUUGCCUUGCAACACACUGCAGUGGACCUGAAUGAACUUGGAAGCAAAUGGGUAGGACAGGUGCCCGUCAACAAUAUAGCCAACUACCUUGACCUGUACGGAUUGCUCAUAAUGGGAGGGAUACCGUGGCAGCCCUUUUAUCAACGAGUGUUGGCUUGUCGGACCCCUGAAAUUGCUCGGAACUCCUUGAUGAUAUCCGCCGUCUUGUGUCUGCUGUUCGCAGUACCUCCUGCCAUCAUCGGAGUGGCAGGGGCAGCGGCAGAUUGGAAUCAAACCACGUACCCGAAUGAUGUACCUCUGACCCCUGAUCAGCUUCCAUAUAUUCUGCCCCUGGUGCUCCAGUACAUGUGUCCACUCCCCGUAUCUGUCAUCGGUCUCGCUGCCAUCUCUGCUGCUGCCAUGUCAUCUGCCGACUCCACCACUCUCUCCACUGCUUCCAUCUUCGCUAACAACUGGUACAAGGGACUCUUCCGGACUCAGGCAUCUGACAAGGAGCUGAUAUGGGUUCUACGGUUAACAGUGGUGGUAGCGGGAGGCCUUGGUACGGUUCUUGCUAUUACCUCCACCACAGUUUACGGCCUCUAUGUCAUGUCUGGUGACCUCAUGUACGUCAUUCUCUUCCCCCAACUGACCUGCGUCCUCUUCGUGAAGAUUUCCAACACCUAUGGAAGUCUAGUCGGCUUCUUCCUCUCUAUCGGUCUACGUCUUCUCUGUGGCGAGAAUCUUUUACGAAUGCCUGUUUUGAUCCAAUUACCGCUCUACAGCGAGUCAGAAGGGCAACUGUUUCCCUUCAGAACUUGCAUCAUGGCUGUCAGUUUCCUGGCAAUUGUUCUGGUUUCAUUUCUAACCGAGACAGCAUUCAAGAGAGGAUGGAUAACAGAAAAGUACGAUGUAUUAAAAUACUUCACCCAAAAUGUAGAGACACUCAGACUUCAAAAACUGAACAAGAUAGAUAUUAUCCGCCAGAAUCAGGCUUUGAUAGCUGAUGGAAAAUCAGACACAGACAUCUUAUGAAACAUUCGUUGUAAGCAGAGUGCCUUAAUGCUGUCUGGGAGAAGGUAGCAGAACGUCAUUGAUCUGCGAAAACAGGUAUCUUUUAUAACACUCAAGACAUAUUGAUUCAUUGACAUUAUUGUGAUUAUUUAGACAUCUUUAAUUGUCCUUAAAUUGCAUUACAAAUUGCU